AUGAACUGUUUGACUUCAGGUGAUUCACAGGAACUGAGGAUUGUGCUGCUGGGAGUCUGUGAAGCUGGAAAGAGUGCAAUAGGAAAUGCAAUACUGGGUCAAGACACAUUUGAAGAGAGCAGAACCAGAGAGAGUGAGAUACAGAGAGGAAGAGUAGAAGACAGAAACAUCUCCAUCAUCGACACUCCAGGAUUCUUCAACACUCAGCUGACCGAUGAAGAGCUGCAGCAGCAGAUGAUGGAUAGUCUUUCUCUCGCUCAUCCCGGUCCUCACGUGUUCCUGCUCGUCAUCAACCUGGAGACCUUCAGAGAGGAGCAGAGGAACAUUGCAGAAGAAAUUCAGGACAACUUUGGAGCUCAAGCUUUAAAGUUCACCAUGGUGCUGUUUAUCGGGAGAGAAAAAAUGACAAAGAGAGAAUUGAUUGCCUUUACAUUUACUAUUAAGUUUCAGGAACUAAUCAGGCACUGCAAACGUAAUUAUCAUGUGAUAAACAAUAAAAAUGAGAUCAAUCAAACUCACAUCACAGAGCUUCUAGAGAAAAUUGAUGAAAUCAUCAAGCAGAAUGAUGGUCAGCAUUAUGAUAAUAAGCUUUACAUGGGGUGUCCAACAAAGAGCAGGAAAGAAACAAAAAAACAAGGAAUGAAGAAGGGCAGAACAACAGUGCAAGAGACAAAACAAGAGCAAAUAAAAAUAGUGCAAGAGAGUCACACACACAUUGUAAAGGAAAAAAGCAUAACAAAUGUUGUGACUGAAAAGAAAGGUUUUAGUUCUCAUGUGACAAAAAUCGAGAGAACAGAACUUUAUGAAGAAGAAUGCUCCAGAGUUCCCCACGAAAACAAGAAUGAUGAAGAAGAGGUGGUCAAACAAUCAGUCAAAUCACUGAAAAGCUCAUUUGAACAUAUGCAAAUAAAAAAAUCAGUCCAGAAACCAGAAGAAUACUGGACAUUAAGCACAACAAUAAAAUGGGACCAGAAGAAAAAACAGACAGAGACAACACAACAUCCAACCCAAGCAGAGUCCAUACAGAACAGCCACAUAAAACCUGGCGAGUGCACAGAUCUCAGGAUCGUGAUGGUGGGGAAAACUGGAGCUGGAAAGAGUGCAACAGGAAACACCAUCCUGAGACAAAAAGUGUUUGAUGAAGAUUUUUCUACUGAAUCUGUGACUAAACAAUGCCAACAACAUCAGCAGAUGGUAGAAGAUAGAAUCGUCUCAGUGAUCGACACUCCAGGACUGUUUGAUACAAAAAUCAGUGAAGAACAAAUGAAGCAUGAAAUAGUGAGAUGUGUAGAGAUGUCUGUUCCUGGUCCUAAUGCGUUUCUGCUGGUCAUCAGAUUAGAUGAUAAGUUCACAGAGGAACAGAAAAACACAGUAAAAUGGAUUCAGGAGAACUUUGGAAAGGAUGCUGCAUGUUACACCAUCAUUCUGUUCACUAGAGGAGAUCAGUUACAGAUUAAAAAAAAAGCUAUUGAGGAGUUUCUGAACAAUAACAAGCAGAUUAGAGAGCUAGUUGGAGAGUGUAAAGGUCGUUAUCAUGUUUUCGACAACACAGAUGAAGAAAAUCAAUCACAGGUCACUGAACUGCUGAAAAAGAUAGACAGAAUGGUGAUGGACAACGGAGGACAGUGUUACACAAAUGAAAUGUACGAGAAAGCUCAGAAAAAAAUAAUGCUGAAAAAGAUUAAAGAUGCAGCAUUAGUGGCAGGAGCUGUAGGAGCAGCAGUUGCAGGAGGUGCAAUGUUUAUUUCUGCUCCUAGUCGUGCAGCUUUAUUGGCAGGAGCAGCUGCUGGAGCUGCAGCAAUGGCUGCUGCUAAUGGAAAAUCACUAUAUGAUGCUAAAAUCAAAGGGGGCACCACAGUUUUCAAAGAAAGUCAAGCAAAAAAAUGA